UAGGGCGUUUAUGUUUCUCCUCCGUUCAUUUGCAGAGAGGAGACGCUCACGUCCACAUAAAGAGCGAGCAGUAGGCGGUGCAUCAGCGAAAGGCUGCUCACUGUGCUCAGGUUUAAUGAACAGUGACAACGGGCUCCAAUUUCACCGUGGAAAUAAGAGUUUAAUAGUACAGUAUUCUGUUGGGUAGGGCAGUUCAUUGAGAAAAUGUCCAAGUUAUUCCGGGCUGUUAUCAUGGGUCCGCCAGGCUCGGGGAAGGGGACCAUAUCGGAGAGGAUCGCGCACAGUUUCGGCCUGAAACAUUUAUCCAGCGGAGACUUUGUUCGAGAAAACAUCGCUGCGAAAACUGAGGCUGGUAUUCAAGCCAAGACGUAUAUAAAAAAAGGACUGCUGGUUCCAGACCAUGUCAUGACACGUCUAAUGCUGCCUAGAUUGGAGGAGAUGACCAAAUACAGCUGGUUGUUGGAUGGUUUCCCUCGAACACUAGCUCAGGCUGAAGCCCUGUACAGUGCCUGUGAUCUGGAUGUAGCCAUCAAUCUCAACAUUCCUUUGGAAACGCUGAAGGAAAGGCUGCGACAUCGAUGGAUACAUCCACCCAGUGGCAGAGUGUACAACAUGUGCUUCAAUCCUCCCCGCGUCCAGGGGAUAGAUGACAUCACAGGAGAGCCAUUGAUUCAACAGGAGGACGACAGACCCGAAGCCCUGGUGGCCAGACUGAGACACUACAAAGAUGUUGCCAAACCUGUCAUAGACUUUUAUAAGGCUAAAGGCAUCCUGUACACAUUCUCAGACACAGAGACGGAUCUGAUCUGGCCGAACAUCAGCACACUUCUCAGCACAAAGAUCCCCGCCAUCCAAUCAGAUGCUCGAUGUGCUUCAACUCACUGAGGGAAUCAUCUGACAGUCUCAAAUCAAAGACAACAGGGUGGCCUCCUCUCAGAGGAAUAGUUGAUUGACCACAUUUGGUUUCCAAAGAUUCCAUGCAUUUUUAUCGUCGCAACUGUCCAUUUGUAGUAUAGUAUUAUUCAUUGUACUAACUUUGAUUAUUUCAGUUCCUGAAAAGUUUUCAUACAUUUGAAGAACUUGUUGUCUGCUUCUAUUAUUUGCUGGAAUCUGGGAAUUAGUCGGGGGAAAAUUCAACUUAUAUCUUACAAGUACAAUAGUUCUUAAAGUGUAAAUGGUUCCUAGAUUUGCACAAAUUUUAUAUAGACAUGAUUAAAUCACAUAUGAUCAGUGAAGGGUAGACGCAUGUGACCUUGGGUAAGUGAGUGAGACACUGAACUGUUCAAGCAUUCCAGUGAGAUUUAAUUAUUUCUGAAGGGGCUUUACUUUAUAUCCUCUCUGUCUGUGAUGUUUACCUUUCUUAUAUAUUUCAUAGCAGUGUUACCAUUCUUCUAUAUACCAUAAAAAAUGCUAUAAUUAUUUUUAUGUGUUAUACAAGCUCUGUAAUCCAAAUAUGCCAGAUAGGCCCUAUUCUGAAGACCAGGCUUUAUUCUUUGAACUACAUUGAUAGGAUGUUUAACUGUGUGGUGGUGGUGGAUGAGGAGAUACCCCCUGACUAUGUAAGCACUUUGAGUGCCUAGAAAAGCGCUAUAUAAAUGUAAUGAAUUAUUAUUAUUAUUAUUAAAAGUCAAACCAAUAUAUGAGUAACACUUUUAGCAAUGGCAAUAUUUAAGUAGAAUGUGAUAAAACAAUACUGUACCAUAUCAGAUAAUCUUUAAACAUAGACUUCUUUCGUAAAUACUGUUCAGCAUUGCAUUUUUAAAAGCUAUAUCUGGGAGAGCCGUUGAUAGAAAAUAAUCUAAUGGGGUUAACUGUGACUGUUCAGCCAGAACAACAGCGAUUUAUUUUUUAUGCUGAAGAUUAAAGCACAGACUUGAUCAAAAGCCACAGAUUAAAUUACAAUUAGAUUAAAAAUGUUUUACCCUGGAACAAGCUGAAGGAGUGGUAGGAACACAUGACUUUAUAGUUAUCAGCCUAUCUUAAUUUCUCUCUGUUUAUUUUUCUUUUAUUCUUUCUUGCUUCCUGUUCUCUCUCCCAUUUUCUGUUUCAGUCUAUGCCAGUCUUACAUAUCGGACAAGACGGAGAAAACACACAAAAUAUCAGCUUCUUGUUGUGCAAUACCACAUACAACUGUACAAGAAUUUACACGCUUGAGAUUUCCUUUUUUCCAAAGAAAAUAAACGUAUUUUCGCAGAAA